UGAUUCUUUCCUAUAAAUACACAAACAAUUCACUCUCUUCUUGUAUAUUCUCUGUAAUACAAACUAUCUCAACUCUUAACUCCAAGUAACGAAGGUAGUUUUAUUUAUGUCUCCCGCAGUGGCAUUUAAUAGAAGUGAUGAGAUGAGGAAGACAAAUGAUGAUGAUGAUGACCAUGUUUCAGAAAUCCAGUAUCAGCAGGGAGUGAAGCAUCUCCACGAAACUGGCAUAAGCAGAGUACCUAGAAGAUACAUAUUUCCCGAUUCUGAUCGCCCCAAUGAAGCUUAUAUAAAAGCAAAUAAUCUAAACGAGGCCAAGCGUAAUCUUCAACUCCCCAUCAUUGAUUUGUCCGAAUUGUUUGGACCAAAUCGUGCCCAAGUCCUCAACUCCAUCGCUGUUGCUUGUGAAGAAUACGGGUUUUUCCAGCUUGUGAAUCACGGUGUUCCUCCGGAGAUUAUCAGUAACAUGAUUGAUGUAAGUUCAAGAUUCUUCGCUCUCCCAUUUGAGGAAAGAGCUAAGUAUAUGUCAUCCGAUAUGAAAGCCCCAGUUCGCUAUGGAACUAGCUUUAACCAGAAUAAGGAUAGCGUAUUCUGCUGGAGAGAUUUCUUGAAGCUAAUGUGUCAUCCCAUGGAAGAUGUUCUUCCUCAUUGGCCUUCUUCUCCCGCUGACUGGAGGAGAUUGGCGGAUGCCUAUGCGAGAGAGACCAAAUUUUUGUUCUUAAUGCUAGUGGAGGCCAUCCUCGAGAGCCUGGGGGUGUGGGGGGCCACUAUGAAUAAGACAGAAGAAGAUGAUGAAAUUUUAAAUGAAUUCGUCAAUGGCAGCCAGCUAAUGGUGGUAAAUUACUAUCCACCAUGCCCAGAACCCGAUCUUACCCUCGGAAUGCCACCACAUUCCGACUAUGGCUUCCUCACACUUCUUCUUCAAGAUGAGGUUGAAGGCUUGCAAAUUCAACAUAAAGAAAAAUGGGUCACUGUUGAACCUAUUCCCAAUUCAUUUGUUGUUAACGUUGGUGAUCACCUUGAGAUAUUCAGCAAUGGGAGAUACAAGAGUGUGUUACAUAGAGUUCUUGUGAAUUCUGCAAAGUCUCGAGUAUCUGUGGCUUCUUUGCAUUCUCUUCCUAUAAAUUCAACGGUUAAGCCGUCGCCCAAGCUCAUCGAUAAGGCAAAUCCGAGGCGCUACAAAGACACAGAUUUUGCUACUUUUCUUGAGUACAUUUCAUCCUGUGAGCCUAAGAAGAAGAAUUUUCUGGAGAGCAGGAAAUUGAAUAAUUGAUAAGGAUAAAGUGAAUCCAUAUGGUUGACUUUGUAGCACCAAUUAUUUAUGUAGCAAUAAUUGAUUUGAGAUUUUUUUUUUUCCUUUUUAAUGGGUUGAGAUUUUUUUUUUUUCCUUUUUAAUGGGUUGAGUUUGAGUAAGAACCUAACUCCUCUUAUCAAGCCAUAUCUUAUGGAAUAGUGAACUACAGAAUUGUAUUUGUGUGAAAGAAAUUAUUGUCCAUAAUGGAAAAUUUUAAAAUUUUCUUAUUUCCAAUUCAAACAAGUUUAUGAAAUUAAUUUUAGAAUAA